AUGAUGCUUGUUACCUCAGGCGCGAUCCUGGUGUACGGCCUUAAUCUCACCACUUGGAAGCAAUGUCGGGCAUCGAUCACAGUGUGUCUAUUCUUGUACUUCUCCUCGAAGAUUUUACUAUAUAUAUUCUAUCUAGAGAGGAUACACAUUGCACGCCAGCCUCUCGCGCGGAGAUGCGACACAAUAUGGAUUGGCGGUAUGGUCAUGACCGUUGGAUUUUUUGGAGGCAUGGCUGUUUGGUGCAUCGCUACACCUCACUCUGCUAUCAGUGUACACGAUGGCCAUUGUCGAAUCGGAAGCGACAUGAUACCAUCCUACACCACCUUUUCCACCGAUAUUGUCAUCAACUUCUCACUCACGGGCGUCUUCAUCUGGCUGAUCUUACCUAUCUUGAAAAACCAGGCACGGGGUCCAGCGACAGUCCUGGAUGAAUUCGUACGGCCUUCUGCUCUAGGUCCGUCUGGACUCAGGAGAGUCCUGCGCAGCAAUGUCGAGAGAGACGACCCACUUGCUUCCAGUGUCAAGAAAAUGCUCAGGAGAAACAUCAUUGGAUCUCUUUUGACAUUCGCAGCCGGUGCAAUCAACCUAAUCAUCUACUUUGUUGAUGCGACUAGUCAGAUCGCAUUUGUGUGUUACACAAUGUGCAUCGUCGACGUAGUUUUUGGAGUCUUGGUCGUCCAAUGGCUAACGUUCGGGUCACACGAGCCAGAUAUGAACUUCAAUCCACCGCCCGGCGCCGCUAAUCUUACGAAUUUACAUAUGGCGUAUGCCGCUAAUCGCACUUUGCCUGAGCGCAUCAACACCCCUACUAAAGAAUCAAGGCCCGAAUCAAGAUGCGACAUUAAUUUCAUUACUAUGCCUAGGAACCUUGGAACCUAA